GAUGGGGGGCCCACAGCGACGAGGUCUGGAGCAGCAAUGGCAAGGACCUGAUGGCCUUGCUUCGCACUGCGCUCAAGCUGCUGCUCCAGACCGCACACAGGACGCGCCUCAACAGCAGCAUCAACAUCGGCGCGUACACGAUGACGACGAAACGCCCACUCGCGGGCGGGAUCUCCGCCGAGCUGGGGGGCUACAAGAACAUGCUCGACACGCUCCGCGGCGGAGACGCGGAGGACAAGCAGGCGCUGAAGGAGAUAGGGCCCCCAGCUCCAGCAUUGGGGCUCGCCGCGCUGAAGAGCCUCCUGAAGUGCGGCGCGGGCGGAGCACUCAAGCAGGAUAUCGGCGCCUAUCUGGGGCAGGCCCAGCCGCCCGACGAGAUGGCUGACGUCGAAGUCACGAAGUGCGAACUGCAGCAGCAGGUCAGCAUCACGCGGCUCGAGCGAUACUUCGACGCGGACCAGGCCGAGCUGAUCGCGGGGGCCCCAGAGUGGCCAGGCCGCAAGCUAACCAUGAAGGCGCUGGCCGCCGAGGGCGCGGCACAGCACCGCCGCGGGGUGGCGCCGGCGGGGUGGCUCGAGGAAGGGGCGGCGCGCUGGCUGGAGACACCCGAGCAAUCGUUUUUGUCAGGGGGCCCCCGCUCCCUGCCAGCCGCCACGGCGUGCAGGUGCAGCGCCGGCGCCCGCCCUCAGAAGACUCAGAGCAGGAGCGCGCCGCAGGGCGCGCGCCGCCAGUCUCGCGAGACUCAGAGCGGUCGCCGCCGGUCUCAGCAGCUGCCGACGCGGGGUCGGCAGGACGCGCGCAGCCGGUCUCGGAAGAUUCAGAGCUGGAGCAUGCCGGAGGGCGCGCGCCGCCAGUCCUAG